CGUAAUAUAUUAUAUUUUUUAUAUACUUGUGACAUGUUCAGUUUUCUUCUAGACUCUCUUUUUCAUUUUUUAUUUUACAAUAAAUAUAUUUUUGUAUCAUGUUACAAAGUUGAAAAUAUUUAAAAUUAAAUAUAAAACUCUAUUUUUCUCCACAAAAUUGGAAUUUCUUUUCACGAGGGCAUUAUUGACAUUUCGCGCCAUUUCAUUUUAUGGUUACCAUGGUACCUCUGUGACCACCAAACAGAUUCUCUUAUGUCAGAACAACAUUGUUACAGGAUCAUCCAACAAUAUCGUAAUCUGUGCUGAAUGUGACACAAUGAGAGCACAUCCAGCAUGGGUCGACAAAGUGCAAGAAAAGUCAGAUCAAUGUAUAUACGACCUUUGCUUCAAUCCAGAUGGCACACAAUUAGUUGUUGCAUCAGGUCAACAAGUCCUUGUAUAUGAGACCAAUGAUGGUGCUUUGAUUCAACCAUUAAAAGGGCAUAAGGAUACAGUAUAUUGUGUAUGCUAUGCAAAAGAUGGUAAGAAGUUUGCAUCAGGAGGAGCAGAUAAAAGUGUCAUCAUUUGGACUUCCAAGUUGGAAGGAAUAUUAAAAUAUUCACACAAUGAAGCUGUGCAGUCUAUGCAUUUUAAUCCCGUCUCACAUCAGCUUCUCAGUUGUUCACUCUCAGACAUCGCCUUUUGGUCUGCAGAACAGAAAGCAGUGCAAAAACACAAGUCUGGAGGGAGAGUCAAUUGCUGUGCAUGGACAAGAGAUGGACAAUAUCUAGCCCUUGGGCUUGCAACUGGAUAUAUAUCAAUAAGAAAUAAAAAUGGCGAAGAAAAAACGCGCAUUGAACGGCAACUUGGAGUACCAAUCUGGAGUUUAUCGUGGAAUCCUUUACAGGAUGACGCUACGGACGUUCUUUGCGUUGCUGAAUGGAAUGGAAUUAUCUCAUUUUAUACUAUUGGAGGGGAAGCUAUCAGAAGAGAAAGAUCAUUCAGUUUUAUACCACUUAAAGUCACUCAUUUUCCGGAAGGUCAAUAUCUUCUCGUUUGCGGCAGUAAUAAACAAUGUCUAUUGAUGACGCAUGACGGUAUACAGUUGGUUAACGUAGGUGGUACCUUCUCAUCAUGGGUGUGGAGCUGUGCUGUUCAUCCGACUGCUUCGCAUGUUGCGCUCGGUUCUCAAGAUGGAACGAUAACAUAUCUACAGUUAUCCUGGAAUGUUGUGCAUGGUCUGUAUGGCGAUAGAUACGCAUACAGAGAGAACAUGACUGACGUGAUAAUACAGCACUUAAUCACGAAUCAGAAAGUUCGAAUUAAAUGUAAAGAUCUGGUAUGCCGAAUCGCAGUUUAUCGAAAUAGACUAGCUGUGCAAUUACCUGAGCGUGUAAUUAUUUACGAACCAUCCGGCUCCGGCGAUGGAAUGCACUAUAGAAUACGAGACAAGCUUAAUCAAACGUUGAAUUGCAAUUUGUUAGUUGUCACGUCGAAUCAUUUGGUUUUAUGUCUGGAAAGGCGUUUGCAGAGUCUCUUGUUUACCGGGAUAAUAGAGAGGGAAUGGAUACUCGAUGGACUUAUCACUUAUAUUAAAGUAGCUGGCGGUCCCACCGGCCAGGAAUGUUUGAUAGCUGGUUUGAAAAGCGGACAUGUAAUGAAGAUAUAUCUCGACAAUCCAUUCCCCGCGCAUAUUGCAAAAAUUGAAGAUGCUGUGAGAUGCUUGGAUAUCAGCUCCUUAAAGGAGAAAAUGGCAGUAGUCAGCGAAGCUGGCAUCUUAUCCGUAUUCGAUCUGUGCACUGGCGAGAAAUUGCAAGAGUUUCAGAAUGUCAACAGUGUGGCGUUCAAUAUCGCUUUCGAGGAUAUCAUGUGCUUUGCGGGUAACAACUACCUCGCGAUAAAAGUUGCGAACUUUUCCGAAUACAGACAGAAAUUCUCCGGAUUUGUCGUAGGCCACAACGGCUCGAAGUUGUACUGCCUGAACGGUUCGUCUAUCAUAACGACAGAAGUACCACUAUCGUUGUUUAUGUAUCAAUAUCUGGACAUCGGAUUGUAUAAUCAUGCUUAUGACAUAGCAUGCUUAGGCGUAGCCGAAUCGGAUUGGCUCGCUUUGGGGACGGCAUGUCUGGACAAUUUGGAAUUGAACAUUGCGUACUCGGCGUUCGCACGAGUAAAGAAGCUACGCUACAUAGAGAUCGUGUCCGAGGUGGAAGAGAAGUUAAAAUCAGGCGAAUGGGGACGGGAAGCUUGCAUGGCUACUGCCGCAGCUGCCAUGGGUAGAUUGCGCGAUGCAGCGAAGCUCUAUCAGAAAGCCGGUUUGCAGCAAUAUGCCCUCGAUAUGUACUCUGACUUACGGAUGUUCGAUAUCGCUCAGGAAUUCAUAGCUUCCGGCAAUACACAGGAUCGCACAGUAUUACUGCGACGUCGAGCAGAAUGGGCGAAAAGCUUAGGCGAACCACGUGCCGCAGCCGAGAUGUUUCUCUCCGCGGGAGACGUCGAUCGUGCCAUCAGUAUUAUUGCCGAAUAUGGUUGGAUCGACAUGUUGAUCAAAGUAGGCAGACAACUGGAUAAGGCGGACAGAGACAAUCUGUCCAUGAUCGCUAAAAAACUUAAACAACUGGGUGCUUCGCAUGGCGCGGCAGAAAUUUUCAGCCGGCUCGGAGAUGAUCCUGAUGUUGCUGAUGUGCUUGUAGACGCGCAGGCAUGGCCUGAGGCCUUCGAACUUGCGGAAAGAAAUCCAAAGUUGAAAUCACGAGUAUAUGGGCCGUAUGCACGAUGGUUGGCGGAAACCGGACGAUUUUCUGAAGCUCAAGAAGCAUUCCAAAUGGCGGGACAACCGGAAGAAUCUAUACUUGUACUCACGAUGUUGGCUAACAAUGCUGUGAUAGAGAAAAGAUUUCGCGACGCCUCUUAUUUUUAUUGGCUUCUGUCGCAGUUGAGUUUGAAUCUAUCUAAGAGCAUAGAAGAGAUAAAAACGAUGUUUCUUAGCUAUUCCGACAAAGCGGAUAUCUAUUAUGCAUAUCACGAAGUAUACAAGUAUUUGGAAGAGCCUUUUACAUCUCUGAUGCCAGAGGCGUUAUUCAAUAUUUCCCGGUAUUUGCUCAUGAAAAUGCAAAACAUACGCCUAGAAGGCGUGUCGAAAUUAACAAUAAUGUACAGUUUAGUGAAACAAGCGCGAAUAUUGGGAGCUAACAAACUGGUUAUGCAAUUGUUGGACCAAUUACGUUCAAUGAAGAUCCCUACGAAUCUCUUGGCGCAAGUAGAGACAUUGACCUUAUCCGCCAGAUCUUAUCCAUAUCGCGAUCCAGAGGAGUUAUUGCCUAUGUGCUAUAAAUGUUCAACGUUCAAUCCGUUACUGCCGACGAAUAAUGUCUCCGGUAGUAAUUGCACGCAAUGCGGUUUGAAAUUUCAGUAUUCCUUUGUUAUGUUUGAAAUCCUGCCAUUAGUUGAAUUCGAAUUGGAGGAUGAUAUUACAGACGAAGAAGCGGAAAAAUUGAUAGAAGAACCAUUACCUUCCCCUGAUGAUCUCACAGUUACUGAUCAAUUUACUGUAACUUCCAACGAAGCUGAUCUCUUUACUGCCCGUUUAAUGAGAUAUGAGGAAAAAUCUAAUAAUUCUACGGUAACCGUUGGAAGAGGAGUAUUGAAAAGUAUGGAUCCGUCCACCGUGAUAAUUAUUAAGUGGCCUAAACCUUUUAAGACUAGGUACUUCAGAAAUCUCUUACCUGAUCUUCAGAUUAGCCAAUGCAAGUGUUGUUUAAAAUUAUUUCAUUCAGAUGACUAUGAACUAGCGUUGUUACGACAUGGACAUUGUCCAUUCUGUCGGGCGCCGAAUGUGACUGUGGGUUAAGACAACAUGGAAUUAUAAACUUGUAUAUUACGAGUACUUGAUGACUGUAUUUGAUUGUUUUUGUAAAAAUGUUUUAGAAAUAUUUUAUUCUUGCUUGUACAGCAUUAUCGUGGCAAUAAUACACACAACUUGUUUUUUUACAU